GCUGGGGUCCUAAUCUGUCACCUAGGGCAGAGCACCAUGCAGCCCAUCCCCCUGCCUUAGCACUUCCCAGCCCCCAGGCUCCCACCCUCAUGCCCCACCCAUGACCCCGCCCCCUCUUCCCAGGCUAUAGGGAGCAACUUGGCUUGGCCCCCGAUACCCUGCAGAAGCAGGCGGACCACUGCAAUGACCGCCGCAUGGCCUCCAAGCGCGUGCAGGAGCUCAGCACUGGCCUCUUCUUUGCCGUUCUGGUCAAGGAGAGUGGCCCCCUGGAGUCAGAAGCCGUGGUGAUGGUCGUCCUGAACCAAGCCUUUGACGUGCUGGUGCUGCGCUACGGCGUGCAGAAGCGCAUCUACUGCAACGUGAGUGCCCUGGGAGAGCCCGGGGGCGGGCGGGGCAGCCCAAGCCAUCCCACCCCGGAGGGGUGCAGGCUGUGAUGCGUCCCACUCCACCCCUCGCUCCCCCAACCCUAGCACAAAGCCUACCUGAUGGACCUUGCUGAGAUGCCCACCUCUUCCACCUGGGAUGGUGGCUCCAGGCCCAGGGCCGGGCCUGGCCCCCUUCCCCAAGGACCCAGGAACCAGAAAGCGGCCCCUCCAUGGGCAGUACAGCUCGGCAGGGUGUGCGGGCUUUGGGGACUGUGCUUAUUAGGAACGUGAAGGAAUGAAAGGCCAGCGAAUGGUCCUUGGCAGCUCUGGAAACUGUGUCCCCUGAAGACAAGGGAGAGAACUGUCCCUGACCCGGCUCCUGCGCUGGGUGACUGUUGAUUCACAGUUCUCUCUAAGGGGACAUGGACCUGUCCUAAUGCCACCUUAGGGGCUUGGCUGCAGCUGGCCCUGGGGUCCUCAGGUCACCACCUGGCCCCUGUGCCUGGCUUUGAAUUUCCUAAUAUCCAGAGUGCCCGGGGAGUGCAGUGUCCAGCCCAUUGUGCGCAGCAAAUGUGGUGUUCAUAACCUGGAGCCGGGCAGAAGAGGAAGGACGGAGUCCACCUGCAGACCCUUGGGGCUCUGUGUCCUGAAGUUCAAGUCUAGGUCACCCCGCGGUGGGCCCAGCCCCGCCUGCACCGACAGAUGGCACCAGCAGGGGGCGCAGCACUCCUCCGCCACUGUUCUCUGUUCCCACCUCAGUGCAGUGAGCCCUGGGCCCAUUAGCACACAGAGCCAGGAGCCUGCAAGCCCCGCCCUUGGCCCGUGGUUACUCUCACCUGCUGCCUCAGCCAGAGGUGGCCUGGCAGGGCCUCCCUGAAGCUCCUUCCAGCCAGGCAGGUG